AUGAAAGCCAGUCCGGAGAUGCUUGCCGCUGCGGCUGCGGCCGCGGCCGCGGCCGCUGCCGCCACCACUGGCAGCGAUCCCUCCUUCAACAGCCACAUGUGGGGUCGGCCCCUGUCCCCGGUAAGCGCGCCCUCUCCGUCGGCCGGGGCUCCCCCCUCGGCCGCCAUGGCUGCUGCCGCCGCCGCCGCCGCUGCCGCCGCCGCAACUACAGCCGCUUCUCAAGGUGGCCCUUCCAUUUCCAUGACCAACGGAUCAACUAGCCCCCAUGACCAGACAUAUGCCCCCAAUGGGACCGGGAUGCAUCUCCCCCACAUGCACAUGCAAUAUUCCCAGGCAUUUGCGGCGGCUAUGGCCGCUGCCGCGGCCGGCCAGCAAGCGGUAUCCUCUCAGGCCCCUGGCGGCUCGUCGCCCGUGGGCAGCAAUGGCGCUGGUGGCCUCAGUCCGGGUGGCACACAUAUGGUGUCGGUUCCCCCUCCGGGCGGGCCGUCCCAUGUUUUGUUGCCUAUUGGCCAUGGCCCGAUGGCGGUUCUGGGGUCCCAUCAUCCGCACAUGCAUCACCACCAUCUACAUCACCUGCAGCAAGUUGGCCCUCUCGGCCUGCCAGGUGGCCACCUCCGCUCGCAUGUGGUCCCGACCGGGGUUUCCGGCGCGCCGAUCGGCAAUGCCUCGCUCCAUCAUCCGCACAUCUUUGCUUUCGCCGGGCACCCGCAUCACCUUCCCCUCCACUUUGGCCAUAUGGCCCCUUCCCCGGGGCAGCAGCAGUCCGGUCCUGGUGGUGGGAGCCCAGUGGGCGGGUCCUAUGCCCCGGCCCCCGCAAGCCUAUCGUACUCACAGUCGGCGGCCAUCGGUGCCACUGCUGGCAGCAUUGGGGGUCACUUGACCGCCCUCCCGCCGCUGUCGCAUCAGCAUCCUCCACAGCAGCAGCAGCAGCAGCACCAUCAACACCAGCACCAUUCGCUGGCGCCUGCUAGCACGACCUUAACCCGCUCCCCCGGCCCCCACCAUGCCCAGCAUCCCCACCAUGCCUACCCUUCCCAUCCCCACGUCCAUCAUCCCCACCACCACCCUCAUCGGCAGCCAGGCGCGAGUCCAGCUGGCAAUGGGGCCGUCGGAGCUGACCCCGCUGCCCAAUCUCUCGGCGAUAUGGCCGUAUAAGCAACGCACAUGUGUGCGUGCGUGCGUGCGUG